UUUUCUAAAAUGAGGUCUCUUUCUCUUCCCUCUCCCAAACAUUUUGCAUGCAUUUACUAAAUUUUAGAGUGUUUGAAUGGGUGUCACCUGCUCCAUUUUUACAGGCUAUAUAUAAAUAUUACUCCAUCUUCAGUGUGUCUGACAGCUAGACUGAGGUGGUAGUGAUUUGCUCCUGAAAGGAAAUACCAAGUUAUACGGGCUGGGAAAAUGGAGUAGCAGUUGCAAUGUUUAGGGGUGUUUAGAAGAACUCAAUAUGACAAGAGAAGUGGCACGGGGAAAAUAAAUGAGGGGUCAGGAAUCAUGGAAUAUAAGGACAGGUGCUGUAUAUGAAGAAGGAUUGAGUUUGGAGCUGCCCAAAGUACUGUUACUGUGUUUUGUUUUGUUUUCUUUUGUUUUGCAUCAGGAUAGCAGCACUAGGCUGUUACAACAGAACAGAUUUUCUGCAGAAAUUUACACCGCAUUCCUUUUGGGAGGAUUUACGUUCUUAGAUUUUGCAUAGCCAAGCUGAAUGUUGCUAUUGUGAUAUGUAAAAUAUAUCUUGGUUGUAGUUAGCCUUUUUAUAACCAUGUAUUAAAAGAAUGAAAAACAAUGCCAGAAGAUUAUUCCAAUGCCUUGACAGAAGCAGCCACAGAAAAUCAGUAUCGAUAAUUAUGCCGUUAAUUGACCAAGUUAAUAUGGCUACCGUGGUAACAAGUUUUCAUAAGUAAUGUCUUACGGGAUUACAGGGAUAAACCAUCUUCUGUUGGUCAACAACUAUUUCAUUUAAAUCAAUAAAGGAAAGCUUUUUUACUUGCUGGCUUUCAAAGGCAUAAAGAACAGAGUUAAUUGUAGGACACUAAUGCCAUGUUGUAAGUGCAUCUGUGUAGUGACAGAGGUCUUCUAAAUUCCCAUUUCAAUUCAAAAUAAGCAAGUUUCCUUUAAAAAAUGAAGGAAACCGCAAAUGAAUCAGACAACAAAAACUCUCUGCCCCAGAAAGGAGACUGGAGGGUCUGGUAGUAUUUGUCCUGAUGGUCUGAGCUGUAGCCUGUGUUGCUUGGGAACUCUACAUCACUCAUCGAACUGAUGAAACUCCCGUUCCCAAGACACCAAAGAGAAUGAAAUUCUCCUGGUUCAUCAGAAUAUCUCUGCUUGAUGUCUUUGAUCACCCGUUUAUCCCGUACCCAUCACCGAGGCUUACAAAGGGCAAAAAGCCUCCAACGGUGGAGACUUGUGAAGCACUCUUCUCUCCCUCCUUCUACCCUCUGUUACAAGCUCCUACGUUGGGCAGUUUAUGGCAGGGCUGUUUUCUUCUUUUGGAAUUGUACACAUAAGGUGCACAGGCUCCUUAUUCGACCACGCUGUGCUAGGACGCAAUGCAAAACUUGAAGUUGUCUAAACCAGGACCUCAGCAUUUCUGCUGUAACUGAAGUCGAUAAGACAUCUGAUGGCUCUGUCUGAAAGGACUACAUUCAUGAUGCAAAGCCUGCCUAUGCCCAGCAUUAGAACAAGCAGCGUUUUGCAAUCAAAUUAAUAGUGUUAAGAUGGCAGAAUAACCAUGGGAGACUGGAAUUUCCUUGGAGGCAUUUUAGAGGAGGUCCACAUUCAUUCCACCAUUAUUGGGAAGAUUUGGCUCACUAUCCUCUUUGUAUUUCGAAUGCUUGUCCUCGGAGUGGCAACUGAGGACGUCUGGAAUGACGAACAAUCAGAAUUUAUCUGCAACACUGAGCAACCUGGCUGUAGAAACGUGUGCUAUGAUGAGGCCUUCCCUAUCUCCCUCAUAAGGUACUGGGUCUUGCAAGUUAUCUUUGUGUCUUCCCCUUCUUUGGUGUAUAUGGGUCAUGCCUUAUACAGACUAAGAGCCUUAGAGAAAGAGAGACAAAAGAAGAAAGCUCAGGUAAGAGCGGAGCUUGAAAGCACUGAAUUGGAAAUGACCGAAUAUCGGAAAAGGCUGGAGAGAGAACCGCAACUGGAUCAAAGGAAGCUGAACAAAGCACCCCUGCGAGGCUCUUUGCUCUGCACUUACGUGAUACAUAUUUUCACUAGGUCUGCAGUGGAAGUUGGUUUUAUGAUUGGGCAAUAUCUGCUUUAUGGGUUUCGGCUGGAUCCCCUUUACAAAUGUCAGAGAGAUCCAUGUCCAAACGUCGUUGACUGCUUUGUGUCAAGACCGACAGAAAAGACGGUGUUCAUAUUAUUCAUGCAAUCGAUAGCGACUGUGUCGUUGGUUUUAAAUGUCUUGGAAAUUAUCCACCUAGGAUUACGAAAAAUUAAAAUGGGUCUUUGUGGGCAGGAGGAAAACAAGGGUGGCCAUGGCAAUUUCUACAUAAACAAAUCUAAGAAAUACUCUGUGAUACCACGCUCUUCUUUGGGAAUACCUGCAACCCCUCCAAAAAACUCUUCCUUCUGUACUUAGUGGUUAUGCAUUUUUAAUGGAAAGCAAACCGACACUGCCAUCUACCGGUUCUAAAUUCUCCUCCCAUGUUUCAGUCUAUCCAAAUAACCAUACAGAAAUAGCAGCAACUACACUCAUCACAAUCAGGAAAAUAAAUUGCCGAGGAAAAGGCCAGCUACAAGUGCUUUAAAUGAUCAGAAUCAAAAUAUUAGCACAAAUAAUGAGGCCUUGCCUAGCAUGGCCUGAGACUGAAGCAAAUAAUUCUCAGAAAGAAGCUGAUCAGAAACAUUUCCUUGCUGGUACACAGA